AUGUCCAUCAACCUCUCCAAAGGCAAAGAGUUCAAGGUAUGGUUUACGCACACCACGGACGACAAGAGAGAUCGUCCGGACCUCUAUCAACAGCAGGACCCAGGCGUCUGUGUCAACUAUGAUGGCGUGGAUGCGGCCAUCGAGCUGCUUCUUGACAGGGUGUUGAACGGGCCCCGCGUGGAUGUCGUUGUGGCAAUGUUCGAGGGCAGCAUCGUGGUGCACCUUGCAGCUGCAAAGCUCCUGAGCCAAAGACAACCUGUGCCCUGGCCAGUGACGGUUUUCUUUGGCUCCUUGCCCAUUCGUGAUGACCGCUUCCUGUCCGCCUUUGCUGACGGGUCGAAGGUCGUGCACCGGACCAUCCACGUCUUCGGCAAGAACGACGAAUACUACUUCUAUGGCCGCAGGGGUGCAGGGCGGUUGGCUCCCGAGGACUACUACGAGGCUGCGCUGGUCCUUGAGCACGCUGAGGGGCAUCGUCUGCCCUCGCUGCAGCCACAAGCAGGCGUGCUCUACGCCCAAGUGGCCAAGGAAGUGCGGGCCUGCUGUGGACUUCCCAUCGCUGCAGGCUACGACCCCAGCGAGCUCCACUCAUGGCGGCGCCCACGUCGGCCGGCGAAGCCUACGGCACCACCCGUUCUUGAAAUGGAGCAGAUGGUCCCCCGCAAGCUGCGCAUCCUUGCGCUGACAGGAGGCCAUUCCUGCACUGAAGUUCUGAGAUACCAGACGGCAGCCUUGCGACAAGCUGUGGGCAGGGACCUGGCAGAGUGGACCUUCAUCGAGGGCUCAGAGGACUGGAACUGGUACGAGGGGGAGCCCAUCGUCAGCGACAUGGAGCAGAAGCUGGCCAAAGGUGCCCAGCUGAAGAACUGGUACAUGGACUCCAUCUACGAGGAAACCAAAACCACGAAGCCGAAUCGGGAGAAGCAGUUCGAUCCGAAGUCGCGCGUGGAGUACCAUAAAAUCCCGGAGAAGCUGGAGCGCCUCAAGGAGCAGAUCUUCGAGGAUGGGCCUUGGGACGUCGUGGUGGCGUUCUCCCAGGGCUGCAUCAUGAUGCAUCUUCUGGCGGGGCACCUCCGCCAGGAGCCUCCGGCCAAGCAGGCUUCCAUGCGCUGGCAUCACACCCGCAACGGUGCCGAGCAAAUGCCGUGGAGACUGAGCGUGUUCUUCUGUGGCAUGCACAUUCGCGACAAGGAGUACAUGCAUCUCUUUGACACGCCACUGCCGCAUCCGACCGUGCAUGUCUUCGGCCAGCAGGACGAAUUCUACGACUACGGCCGUGACGGCUUCGGCUACAAGCCGCAGGAGGAGUAUUACGUCGACCCUGUGAUCCUCACACAUGAGGAGGGGCAUCAGUUCCCAACAAAGCAGCCGCGUGCGAAGCAAAUCUAUGACCGCGUUGCCGCAGAGAUUUGGAGGCAGUGUGGCGGCCAUCCUGGUCGGAGCUGA